UUGGUGAGCCAUACAUGCUGUUCCUCUUUUUUUUCAGUAGGCUUAAAAACACAGAUGAGCCACUAUUCAAACACAUACAGCAGAGCUGCUGCCAAGCAGGCGAGACCUUUAUCUUAGAAUCCAAGAAUAGAAGGUGUCAAGGUUUAAAGAUAACUCUGUAACUCUAUCAAAAUUGGGACUGCGGAGAUGUUUGGUAGUGCAUUUGUCACCGUGGCUCUCCUCAUAUUUGUUCCUGGAAGUCGAGCCUUGGACUUGCUGAGAGCGACUGCAACAUCAGGGGAUCCUCCUUCCAUUCCCAAAGUUCACUGUCGGUGUGCCAGCUAUCCCAAUGGGACUUUUUGUUCCUGGCCUCAACCUGCUGUUUCCUCACCCACACACUACAUUGCCACCUACAGGGAGAGACACAGGCAGUCAAGCACCAAGAUAUGUAACAUCACCUCCUCUGGUUCCUCCACGCCGUCCCCGGACUCAGAGCAGUGGCACUGCCAUCUGCCCAACCUGAAACUCCUCACUGACUACAUAAUCAACAUCACAGCAGUUCAUUCUGGCGGCAGCAGCUCUUAUCUGGCAGGCUUCAUGUUGGAGGAUAUUGUGAAACCAGAUCCUCCUGUAGAUGUCCGAGUUUCUGCUCAUAAAUCAAGAAACUUGUUAGUGGAAUGGUCUCCUCCUCCUACAUGGGCAAGUCACCAUAUCUUCCCCUUAAAGUACCAGAUACUGUACCGGUGGGAAAACCAAGGCUCAUCAUUUUCUGUCAAUCUGGGCCCAACUGACAACACCAAGAUUGAACUGAAGGGGCUGAUUCCAGGGAGGGCUUACCAGUUCCAGGUGUGUGCCAAGGAACUGCUUGGUUUGGGCCAUUGCAGCUCCUGGAGUUCACCUGUAAACGUCAUAAUUCCAAGGAAAAAAACAUAAAAACCUCAGUGACUUUCUUACUUUUUUCUUUUCCUAUUUGCCUAUUGUUAAACUAACAUGGGAUAAGAAAACAAAUGUGAAUUUUUUUCUCCAGCUGUAUUCCAUUUUGAGGUAAUAAGGGGUAACGAAAUGUUUGGUUUCAAAGCAGGGUUUCUGCUAAGCUAGGCAUUGUCUGACUUUAUUCGCUGCAUUCACUGUGAUAACUUAUAUUAAAAAAACAGUAUUCUGUUUUAUUUAAUAAUUCAACCAAUUCAGUAAAAGUUUCUGUAUUUAUGUAUUUAUAUUUUUAAACCAAAUUGGUUGAAACAACGUUUUAUGCUUCUGUUAUUUGUGGCUAAUUUUACCGCACAGUAUUUUAUUUAUACUUUAAUCAUUUUAUUUUAUUUUAAGGUAGAGUUUUGGUGUAUAUUUUUACCAUGCAUGAAAUAUUGAUGUUUUUUAUUUAUAAAUUAAUACACAAAUAACACACAUUUUGCAAUUAUUGUGAAAAGAAAUAAAAUGUGGCCCUGCAACAGACUGGCAUGAUGUACUCCCAGGUCCAACAGAAGCUGGGGAUAGGCUCCAGCAACCCCAUGCCCUCAAAGGUGAUUUAGCAGGUUUGGAAUAUGGAUGGAUUAAAAGAAAUAAAGUGGUC